UGGUUGGAAAGGAUGGCUUCGCUUCGUUUAAGAUGGGUUGGGAUGGAAUUCUGAGGGAAUGGAUUUCUUCCAAGACACCGCAACACCAACAAUUUCUUUCGGGGCAUGAGCUGAUUUUCCCGAGAUAUGAACCGGUAACGCGUACAAUCUCUGUGCUGGGCUGGCACAGGUGCGCCAUGUGGCUGACUGUGGCACCCACCUACACGCGGGACAGGUUCUUUUCGAAGUUCCCGCCUUUGUCCUUGCCUCGCUAUAUCGUAAACAGCUGCCCUGCACUCAUACUUUACAUGGUAAACAUCAUUAAAUGGUAUUUUCUGCAAUAUUAAGUAUUUGGUGAAAACAAAUUAACACGUCCUUUUCAG